AUGGACCAAGGAAAUUACUCAAGAGUGACUGAAUUUGUGUUGCACGGUCUUUCAGGUCCUCGAGAACUACAACUAUUCUAUUUUGCAUUUUUCACAAUUGUUUAUUUAUCCACUGUCCUGGGAAACCUCCUCAUUGUGUUCACAGUCUUCUCUGAACCUGCCCUCCACACCCCCAUGUACUUCCUUCUCAGUAACCUCUCCUUAAUUGAUGCGUGUCUAUCCACUUUUGCCACUCCCAAAAUGAUUGUUGACUUCCUCACAGAGCAUAAGACCAUCUCUUUUGAGGGUUGCAUGGCCCAAAUAUUCUUUCAUCAUGUCUUUGCUGGUGCAGAAAUGAUACUUUUCAUGGCCAUGGCAUAUGAUAGGUAUGUAGCGAUAUGUCGACCCCUGCACUAUGCAACCAUCAUGAGUGUACAAAAAUGCACAGGCUUUGUGCUCUGUUCCUGGCUCAUUGGAAUCCUGCACUCAGUAAGUCAGUUGGUCUUCAUAGUAAAGCUUCCAUUCUGUGGUCCAAAUAACAUGGACAACUUUUUCUGUGACCUUCCCUUGGUUAUUAAACUUGCCUGCACUGAUACCUAUGUCCUUGAGAUACGGAUGCUUGCAUACAGUGAUCUAAUGGCUAUGAGUUCCUUUGUGCUCCUGCUCAUCUCCUACACAGUCAUCCUGGUCACUGUGCGACGUCGAUCCUCAGCAGGCAUGACCAAGGCCCAGGCCACCCUGACUGCCCAUGUCACUGUGGUGAUCCUCUUCUUUGGGCCUUGCAUCUUCAUCUAUGUCUGGCCUUUCAAUGACUUAACAGUGGAUAAGGUUCUCUCAAUAUUCUAUACUGUUUUCACCCCUCUCUUAAACCCCUUGAUCUACACAUUAAGAAAUAAGGAGGUAAUAUCAGCAAUGCAGAAACUGAGGAGGCACAAAGUAAGUAAGUAUUAG